CACAUAUACAUCGAAGAGAUACAUGUGCUGACACAACUUAUCUUUUUGUAUAGGAUUUGGAUACAACUACCGAACUUAUUAAUCUCACUGUUACUGUAUAUAUGAUUUUUCAAGGCCUGUCUCCGUCAUUUUGGGGUUCUCUGGCUGAUGUUUGGGGGCGCCGACCUGUCUAUCUCUCCACUCUGCUUGUGUAUAUGGGUUCAUGUAUAGGUCUUGCCCUUUCACCCAAGUAUUAUGUCCUUCUUAUUCUACGUAUGCUACAAGCGUUCGGUUCUAGUUCAGUCAUUGCUAUCGGCGCCGGUGUUGUGGGCGAUAUUGCUACACCUGCUGAACGUGGUGGCUACUUUGGAUUAUUUUCCAUGGGACAAAUGUUGGGCCCUGUGAUCGGUCCUGUAUUAGGCGGCAUCAUCAGUCAAUACCUCAGUUGGCGAUGGAUUUUUUGGAUUUUACUCAUCAUUGGUGCAGCAUUCUUUACAGCCAUUUUGUUCCUUUUACCAGAAACAUUACGAUCGUUGGUGGGUAAUGGAGGUGGAUAUGCUAACCCAACACCGUCACAAUGGCUACGAAGGAAACGUCGUGCACAAAAAGAAAAAGUGAUAGAUGAGAAGCAUCAACAACAACAACAGCAAGAGAUGGUCUACAAUAGUGAGAGAGACGAUGAUUCUUCAACUAUUCAUGGUGGAGAUGAGGAACAUGAUGGUGACGCUCAACACCAUAGAGUAGCAGUGGACAACUCGAGACAACAGCUGCCACUUCAAACAUCCAAAAACCGAUUUUUACAGAUACCCAACGUCACUCAGCCCUUUUUAUACUUAUUGGAGAAGGAUAUCUUCUGCGCUCUUAUUUAUAACGCUAUUCAUUAUGCUACCUAUUAUUGCUACCUCACUUCUACCACCAGUCAAUUUAUCUUGUUGUACAAAAUGAACCAAAUUCAGAUUGGCCUUUGUUUUCUAUGUCAAGGCGUUGGCUGCAUUAUUGGCUCCUUUGUCACGGGAAAAAUCCUUGACCGCGAUUUUAGAGUGGUCGCUAAGCAAUCGUGCCAUGCUAACGUGACACGUGGAAAACUACCCGUCGAUUUUCCUAUAUUCAAGGCGCGUCUGCGGUCGAUGUGGAUCGUAGCGGCUGCUAUCCAAAUAAUUACUCUGUUUUACGGCUGGAUGCUUCAAAUUCAUGCCCAUUUAGCGGUCGCUUUAGUACUACAAUUUAUUGUUGGCUUCUCCAAUACGUCCAUGUUUAACAUUUUCCAGACGUUAGCCGUCGACCUGUUCCCGGGCAAAAGUGCUACCAUCACAGCCAGUAAUAAUCUGGUUCGUUGUCUGCUUGGCGCUGUAGCUUCUGUGUCGAUUGAGCCCGGUAUCAAAGGUGUUGGCGUAGGAUGGUGUUUUACCAUCAUUGGCUUGAUUUGUGUUGCUUCAAAUGCCUUGGUGCCAGUAUUGUUCAAGUAUGGCCCGCGUUGGAGAAAGGAAAGAAUAGAGAGAUUGGCACGUAGAGCCAAACAACAAGUACAAUAGACCAAUAGCAUGAUUCCUCUUUUUUUUUUUUU